AUGUCGCCUCCUGAGAAAGCUUUCAAAGCUCCAGGCGAUCACCCCAAAGCUGAGUCCUACGGAUGGGCCGACGCACAGGAGCGACCGGAUCAAGACAACAACACCACCCAAGCAUCGACCGAUGUCCAACAGUCCUCGACUGGCACAUCUCCAGCUGCACAACCAACCACGAACACCACAACACCCGCUCCUCAACCAACCCGCUUAGAACAGCUCAUUGACUUACUCGGGGGAGAACAAAACUUGCCACAGAAACUACCGCCUCAGCCUGAGCCUGAGCGCCUAUCAGAGCGAGAGGAGUUGAUACGGGCAAAUGCCGUCGCCGUGGCGUAUAAUCAUGAAGUGUAUCAGCCGAUGCUGGAUGAGGCAGUACCGUUCGACUGGAGCAGAGUCCCAGGGAGGAAAGAUCAGAGGAAGGAAGACGAGGGGGAGAAGGACCAGGGGAAGAAGAAUGGGGGUAAGGAAGACCGGGAGGAUAAAGACCAGGAGGAGAAAUGA